UGCAUCUCGAUAACGGAAAGAGCUGGGGAAGCUUAUUAGCAACUCAUAUAACUGAUACUGAUAUCCUUAUCUUGGCUUCCGUGCCUACUCCACUCUCUCAGGCACUUGAUGCCUCUGUUAUAACUGAUCUCUGAUGCAUCUACUCAACUAGAUCGAUCAUACAUCUCUUGCCCCGCGUCGUCGCCAUGAGCCGUAACCCACCAAAUCCGACGAACUGGGACGACUACCAGUAUGGCACGUCCUACAGAUCUUCUAGCAGCUCGACUAGCAGGAGAAGCGUCCGAUUUGAUACCGAGAGCGAGAGGAUUGUUUCUCCCAGCGACACUGGUGAUCGAACGGGGGUGGACUCUGGACUGCGGAGACGUCGAUCGUCCAUAAACAUGCACUUGAAUGCAAUAGGCGAAUUAGGAGGCGUCAACUCUAUAAACAACUUUGCCAGGAGCUGGCAGCGAGCCGCUGCAUUCCACGAAGCUGCACCACAACGGCCAUCUUUCAUCUUAGCUUCCGACUCCGAAGAGCAACAAUUCUCGCGGUCGGAUAUCGAACCUCGAACCGACGCCCGUGCUUCCCUCCUUCAGCAGCAUUUCUUGCAUAGAGGCUCCGACGAAGCUAUACAGGACAGCGAAAAUGCGGGGAGCAGCCUCGUCUCGCCCUUGCUACAAGGGAACGAUGAAGCGCACAAAUCUCUGCACGGCUCAGACUUUGGAAGCAUAGGGGGCAGCCCAAGAGGAAGAGAUUCUCUAUUUCCGCUACCUGGAAGCUAUGGGACCUCAUACGGUACCAUUCCCUCAAUGGUGAAUGAGUCCUCAAUGGUGCAUGCUGGCCGCCUAUGGCGUCAGGAACAGGAGACUGGUGAUAAGUUGCCUGACGGAGAGAGACCACCUCUUCUUGUCAAGAAGGUUGAACAGGAUGGGAAAAUAGUUUUGGUUAUUGAUGGCCAGUCCACCUUGCCACAGACGGUUUUCAACUCAACAAAUGUUCUCAUUGGCAUUGGUAUCCUCUCUUUACCGUUGGGAAUGAAAUAUGCUGGUUGGCUCUGCGGAACCAUAUUCCUAGCUGCAGCGGCGUUGGUUACUGCAUAUACAGCCAAACUUCUAGCGAAGUGCAUGGAUGUCGAUGCAAGCCUGAUCACUUUUGCCGACCUUGCAUUCAUUUCCUUUGGCCACAGAGCCCGAAUCGCCACUGGGAUUCUCUUCUCGAUUGAGCUUCUAGCCGCCUGUGUGGCGUUGAUUGUGCUGUUUGCAGAGACCCUGGAUCUUCUAAUACCAGGAGUCGGUGUUGUGGAAUGGAAGAUCAUAUGUGGAUUUUUGAUGAUACCCCUGAAUUUUGUUCCUUUGCGUUUGCUCAGCUUUACCAGCAUUUUGGGGAUUUUUUCUUGCUUCUGCAUUGUUCUUAUUGUUUUCAUCGAUGGAUUUAUCAAGCCGGAAACUCCUGGAUCGCUUCGACAGCCUGCGGAGACGUAUAUGUUCCCCAAAAAUUGGCUAACUCUGCCAAUCUCCUUGGGACUUCUCAUCUCGCCCUUUGGAGGCCAUGCAAUCUUUCCCUCAAUCUACCGUGAUAUGAGGCAUCCUCACCGAUACGGCACAGCCCUCAAGAUUACAUUUUUAUCCACCUAUUUACUCGAUGCCCUAACAGCAACUGCGGGCUACCUCAUGUACGGCGAUGGUGUCCUCGACUCCGUGACUAAUAACAUAAUCCGAACCAGCGGAUACCCACAGUCAUUAACUGUGCUUCUCUGCAUCUUCAUCGCCAUCAUUCCGCUCACCAAACUGCCUCUAAACGCCAGACCUAUCGUGGCCACUCUCGAGGCGCUCACCGGCCUCGACGCACCCACAGUCCCCGGCGAAGAUUCCCUAGUAGGGUGCUCAAAGUUCGGCCGCGGCGUCCAGAAGGUCGCGAUGAGAGUGUUAGUGAUCAUUUCUUUUGUCUUCUUAGCAAUCUUAUUCCCGGCAUUCGAUAGCAUCAUGGCGUUUAUGGGCUCCUGUUUGUGCUUUGCGAUCUGCGUCAUCCUGCCGCUACUGUUCCAUCUCAAGAUCUUUGGGGAUGAGAUACCGCGGGCGGAGAGGAUCAUGAAUUGGGGUUUGAUUGUUAUUUCGUCGAUUCUUGCGGUUAUUGGGACGAUUUUUGCGUUCUUGCCCAAGUCUUGGAUUGAUGCGGAGUGAGCAAGUGUUUGUGCAUUUUUGUUUUGUUGAUAUUUAUUGUUUGGUAUAUAUGUUCUGGUUAAUUUGGUUGGCUAUCUGCUGCAUUUUCGAGGGGUUGUUAUAGCAUUAUAUAAUAUAUCAAGUCAUUAUAGUACACAUAUGG